AUGGAACAGCAGAACCUCAGCUCCAUAGUGACAGAAUUUGUCCUCUUGGGCCUCACCCAGAAUGCAGAGCUGCAACAAUGCCUCUUCGUUGUUUUCUUCAUAGUCUACCUGACAACCUGGUUAGGAAACUUCACCAUCAUCACCACUGUGAUCACCAGCUGCCGACUCCACACCCCCAUGUACUUCCUGCUGGCCAUCUUGGCUUUCCUAGAUGUUAGUGACUCAUCAGUCAAUGCUCCAAAAUUGCUGUUGGAUCUCCUCUCCCAGCACAGAACCACCUCGUUCAAUGAGUGCAUCCUCCAGAUGUUGUUCUUCCACUUCUUCGCCGGUGCUGUGGUUGUAGCCCUUGUGAUGAUCGCUGCUGAUCGGUAUGUAGCCAUCUAUAAAUCACUGUGUUACUUGACUAUCAUGAACCAUGUUGUGUGCAUGGGGCUGGUGGCAGGGGCAUGCCUGGGUGGAUUGGCUCACGCUGCUGUUCAGAUUGCAUUGAUCUUCCAGUUGCCUUUCUAUGGUCCAAACAUCUUGGACAAUUUCUACUGUGAUAUCCCACAAGUCAUCAAACUGGCCUGCAUGGACACCUACUUGGUCAAGCUGCUGAUGGUUUCCAUUUGUGGGAUGCUUGUCAUAGUCAUGUUCAUCAUUCUGCUCAUUUCAUACACCAUCGUCUUUGUCAAGAUAAAGACACAUGUUACAGAUGGGAAGUACAAAGCUCUGCCACCAGCCCCAUGCCUUAGCAUGAACUUUGUACUCGUGUCCAAAUUCCAAACAUAG